AUGUUGUUUGGCUUCCCAGGCUUCCCCAAUCAACUCGGCAAAAGAGCCGCCAAGGAGUGGGCAAUUCUCGCUGCCCAUCGGUCGCGGGUCCAAAGAACCCUGUUCCCGUCGACAUUAUCGAUAAAGGAUUCGGGCUGUGCGGCUGAACACCAAGACCUCAUUCACUCGUUGACCACUUCCGUUCUGUGUUUCUACACAUCACCAUUCUUCAAUGCCAUUCUCUUCGCCUCACCUCCAGCUUGUUGUCGCAUUGCUUCAUUCAUGGAUUUCUCGAAGGAUGUGCUGAAUUUCUUUUACAUGUUUGGCUGGACGAGGACGCCAAAGCGCAUCGCUCUCCUCGCUGCAUUUGGCUUCUUCUCUUUUCUGUAUAUUUUCAUGGUCUUUGGAUCGUUCCAGACCUCUCCAAAGGCGUCAUUCGUCCCUGCAGGCAUACCCAAGAAGCUCUGGUACAAACUAGGUCCCCGUGGGCUGACUACAGAGGUGCGGGCAUGGACCGACAGCUGCAUACAACAAAAUCCCGAAUAUGAGCACGAAUUUAUGACGGACGAGAUCAGCGAGACAUGGGUUGCAGAAAACUUUGCCGACCAUCCCGAAGUCGUCGAGACGUUUCACAACCUUACUAUACCAAUCCUCAAGGCCGACAUCCUCCGCUACCUCCUGCUCUUCAUCGAAGGAGGAGUCUACGCCGAUCUCGACAUCACCUGCAAUGUACCCAUAGCCGAGUGGAUUCCCGCCGAAUACCAAGCAAACUCGAGCCUUGUGGUGGGCUGGGAGUUUGACGUCGGCUGGGGGGAGAACAUUGUCCGGGAGUUUGCAACCUGGACGAUCAUGGCGAAGCCCGCCUCUCCACACAUGUGGUUGCUGAUCGGAGAGAUCAUUCAGUUCAUCAAAGACAAGCAAAAAGCAAACAAUCUCGACUCGGUGGGACAGUUGACACCAGCUAUGGUGGGCGAUGUAGUGGAUGCCACCGGCCCGAGGAUGUUCACCAAGAGCAUCCUUAGGAGUCUCGAAGAAGUCUUCCAAACCCCUAUAGACAAAGAUAGUAUAAAGAAUCUACGGCAUCCGAAAAUGGUUGGCGACGUGUUGAUUCUGCCAGGGUACUCCUUCGCCGCGGACUCAAAUCACUAUCCGCCGGAGGAGCAGCUCGGACCUCCACUGGUAACGCACCAUGGGGCCGGCUCGUGGAAAAACGAACAUGGUGGCGAACUUGUCUAG